AGGUUUAUUAGACUUUAUUCAGCUUGAUGAUUCACUAAGAGAUGUCUUAUAAAUAAUAAUAAUUCGAUUGCCCAAGUGUAUAAUCUGUAUUCGGCUAAUUUCGGAGUGCUUGACAUUUUGAUUUUAAAAAGUUCAGUCAUCUGGCCUGGGUCUGUUAUUUGCAGUUUUAGCUAUAAUCAAACUUUAAAGUAAUUAUUUUCAUCAACUAUAUAACGAUUUUUUAAUAUUUAAAUAAAAGCAAGAGUCCAAUUCAUAGUGUUACCAGAAUGACAUCCAAGCCAGUUCUUUAUUCAUACUACAGAAGUUCAGCUUCCUAUAGAGUUAGAAUAGCUUUACAGGUGAAGGGCAUUGAUUACGAGUACAAAGCAGUUAGUCUAAUUAAAGAUGGCGGAGAACAGUACAAAGAGGAAUACAAGAAGUUGAAUCCCAUGGGUCAGGUGCCAACACUGGUGAUAGAUGGACACACACUUGUACAGUCGUUGCCUAUCAUUGAGUACCUGGAUGAAACAAGACCAAGUCCACGGCUUCUUCCCGAAGACCCAGCUGGUAGAGUCAAGGUCCGUUCUCUAGCCGAGAUAGUCAAUUCUGGUAUACAACCUCUUCAGAAUUUACCAGUGUUGAAGAAAGUUGGUGAUGACCAAAAGUUAGAAUGGGCAAAAUACUGGAUUGAAAGAGGAUUUAAAGCCCUUGAAACCAGUCUCCAAGAAACAGCUGGCAAGUACUCCUUUAAAGAUGAAGUAACAAUGGCUGACCUGUGCCUUGUACCUCAAGUGUACAAUGCUUUAAGGUUUGGAAUUGAUAUGAGUGAGUUUCCAACCAUCCACAAAGUGUAUGAUGCUCUUGUGACUCUUGAGGCCUUCAAAGCUGCCCAUCCUUCCAAUCAACCAGAUACACCUGCUGACCAAAAGCCUUAACAAGGUUCCUUCACAGCUUGGCCACAGUAUGUCGUCCAAUCCUGGCUGUAGCGAUGUCAAGGGAGAAUCAACGAAUGCUGAUAAUUAAUAAAUAAUAAUAAUAAAUGAAACAUAAUGACAAGAAAUAUAGCAUGAUCCUGGUAGAUAAAAGUUAAAUUUGCAUGCCAUUCUAAGAUGUUAUCACAAUUUGUAAAUAUUUAAAUAUUAUACUUUGUGGUAUCCAACAUUUCAAAUCUUUGGACUUUGAUUCUGGCAUGUUAUAAAUGUAUGUACAUGGAUUUUGACAUGUUAUAAACGUACCUGUGAGGGUUGUAGGCAUCUCUCCUAGGCGUUUCAGCACAAGGACCUGUAGUAAAUAGUUUACCCACCCAAACCCAGCAAUUACACCAUCAGUCAUAGCAUAUAUGUAUAUAUGUUACAGUCAAUCUGUGAAAUCGGUCAUUACGCGUAAUGCCUAAAAAAAUCAGUCACUUCGCAAAGUUCCUGUGACCACCAGGCAAUACGCGAAAUGACUGAAAAUCCCAGGCAUUACACGAAAUGACUGAAAAUCAUGACCAGACAUUACACAGAAUGACUAAAGUGAUUCACGUCUUAUUACUGACACUUGUAUACAGGCUUUUGGUCUUAAAAGUUGAUAAAAUCACAUUUUAAGAACAAACAAGGAAAUGACUGAAAAUAAUACCAUACCACACAAGUCUUAAUGUAACACUUUAUUUAAACUCAAAUCAAAUCAUUUCAGAAGUUGUAGUAAAAUAGAUGAAGAUGAAGUUGAAUAUUAACCAAGUAGUCCGUGUCAAAUUAUGAAAGUAACAUAUUGGUAUAGAAAGAUCACUUGUUUUUGCACACAAGGCUACCAUGACAACGGCUAGAACACUGAAUUUUGUUUUUGAAAGAUUUGCAUCGAUUGGACUCGCAUCUCUUAGAACCAUUCUGAGAGAUGCGAGUCCAAUCGAUGAUUUUCAGUCAUUUCGUGUAAUGCCUGGGAUUUUCAGUCAUUUCGCGUAUUGCCUGGUGGUCACAGGAACUUUGCGAAGUGACUGAUUUUUUUAGGCAUUACGCGUAAUGACUGAUUUCACAGAUUGACUGUAACAUAUAUACAAUGUAUAAAAUUACAUAGCCUAUGACUAAAGAGGAAAACGGGUGAUGUAAAAUAUUUGAUACAAGUCCCCAACUUACAAGUGACAUUUAACAAAAUACACAAAGUGAUAAAGGCAUUAUACAAAAUUGUUUGAAUUUUUUUUAUAAAUUCCAAAUCUUUCUUGGCUACCAGCCAUUCUGCCCUACAUUACUUUGAUACACAGAAUUGUUAUGUUUGACUCGUUAAAGGCAUAUUCGGAUGUUGUUUACGCGCACAACUGCCACGCAUAUAUGAGACAAUACUCCAGUAACUUGUUGAAUUGGAAUGAUGUCAGUAUUACAAUGUCACUUUUCAUCUCCUUGCAAUAACAAUAAACUGGGUGCAUGAUUUCCAUCUUCAAAAUGCCAAGCAAAUUCCUUUAUAAAAUUGCUAUUGAAAAUAUUUUGUUUGAAAAUUACUAAUUAUGUAAGAAGAAAAUCUUAAAAUUGAAAAAUAAUAAUAAUAAUAUUGAUUUGAAAUGAGGUUACAGUAAUAUAUAUAGAGAUUAUUAUACAAGCUUGUGGGUCGUACUGAUUUUACGAAACGAGUGUCGGAAUUCUUGUAUUGCCCUAGCGAGAGCAAGGGUAAUACAUGAAUCCUGACACGAGUUUCAUAAAAUUAGUACGACACCCACGCGAGUCUAAUAAUUUCUUUAUUAUUCAUAUUAUUAUUGUUUAUUAUUUUUAUGAAUAACAAGGACCAUCUCAAAUGUUUUAACAACUAGAAGGAGACGACAAAAUGAAGUCAUAUUUCACAUGCAAAGUCUGAACUAGGAUUGGAGAAAACGUCAUGUUAUGACGUCGCUUCCCAAAAUUACAUCAUCACACUUGUUAUUACAUGUGUGUUUUGUAUGAUUAUUAACUUGGUUAUGUUGAAUGUGGAUAAUAAAAAUUCAAAGUACUGGUAUGUAGUGUUUUACUAUAGGCCUACUGCUUUGGAGAUUGGUUUGUAAUGGGUAUUAGGCUUGUGCAUAUUUAUUUUUGGUUAUGCAACAUAGAUUCCAGCUUUUUAUUUUCACCGACAGAUGUAGAAUGUGGUAGCCAUUGUACUUGGCCUGUGUCAUCCAGCAUCUAGAGCCUUUUUGGUGUGAGUGAAUAAACAAGAAUAUAGUUUCCUCGCUUAUGAUACUAAUGUUUGAACUAUGUUCACAUUCCAGCUUCAUUUGAAAACAUUUUCAAAAGUAUCACUUGUAAAAGAGAAUUGUACCAUAAAUAUUACUUUCUUUCCCAAAUUGAAAUACAUUGAUAUCAGAUUAGUUACAGAUACUUACGGUACUUUUUAUCAGAGGCAUUUAAACAGUUCGAUUACUUAUGAAAUUAAAAAGAACAAAAAAGAAGUAAUUUCAUAGAAUUUAUCCAGUUUCAAACAAUUCUGUUUAAUCAAGAAAUAUUUUUAUUUUAAUUUACUUAUGAUUUGCUACAUUGUACAAUUUUAGCAUUUUUUAGCAAUUGUUUCUUCAUUGAUGCAUGAUUUUACAGUCACUCCUGGCAGCUAGUUUGUAUUAUUGGCUAUUAUGGCACUAUAUUUGGAAAUAAUACUCUACAUACAUCUAUUUUAGCUACUGUUUCUUCAUUGUUGUAUGAUUUUAGUCAAUCCUGGCAACUAGUUUGUAUUUUAUCAGGAAAAUUGUUUAGAAAUAAAAUAAAUUCUACAUCUAUUAAAAACACCA